CUUUCUUCCCCUUAUAUAAGCCUCUUCCAAUUUGUUUACUACAAACUUCAUAAAUUUUGAAUCUUUCACCUUCCUCUAUAUUCUCUUCAUCUGGGUAUUGCUUGAUUUCAAAAAAAUCUAGCUACAGUUUGACUUUUUUGCGUAAAACAGGAGCUUUUCAGAAUUGAAGCUUUAUACAAGAGUGCUUAAUAUCACGGGAAAAAGCUUCUUCUUCUCUUUGACUUUAAUUGCAAGUCAUGGAUUAUUCAUCACGGAUUAACACUUCAUUGGAUCUCAAUAUCAAUCCUCACAGGCUGCACGAAGAACUUCCCAAAAAGGAGGUGGAACACAAUUUUUUCUCUUUGGGGGUGAAGAAAUCCUCUGUAAAAGAACAGCAGUCUUCCAGUGCCUUGGUGGAGGAGCUGAAGCGGGUGAGUGCAGAAAACAAGAAGUUGACCGAAAUGCUGACGGAGAUGUGUGAGAACUAUAACUCUAUGCGAAGCAAUUUGAUGGAAUAUAUGAGGAAGAAUCCUGACAAGGAGCAAAGCUCCUCGAAGAAAAGGAAGUCAGAAAGCAGCUUCAAUAAUAGUGCUCCGAAGAGCAUGAACGGAAACUCCGAGAGCAGCUCAACCGACGAAGAAUCAUGCAAGAAACCAAAGGAAGACAUCAAGACACCAUUUUCAAAAGUUUACGUGAGGACAGAAGCAUCUGAUACAGGCCUGAUUGUGAAAGAUGGAUAUCAAUGGAGGAAAUACGGACAAAAGGUUACCAGGGAUAACCCUUCUCCAAGAGCUUACUUCAAGUGCUCUUUCGCUCCAAGCUGCCCGGUCAAAAAGAAGGUGCAAAGAAGUGUGGAUGAUCAAUCUGUUCUGGUUGCAACAUAUGAAGGAGAGCACAAUCAUCCUCACCCUUCUCAAAUGGAGCCAACCGCAGGCUCCAACCGUGGUGUGACCCCAUGUUCAGGGUCUCUCAGCUCUUCCGCACCAACAGUAACCCUUGACUGGACGAAAUCCAAGUCCAGCACCGAUUCCAAGAACAUAACUCCCAAAAUGGAGGCACCACAAAUCCCUCAGGUUUUGGUAGAACAGAUGGCCACUUCCCUCACCAAGGAUCCUAAUUUCAGAGCAGCACUGGUUGCCGCAAUCUCAGGAAAAAUGUUGCACAAUAAUUGAGUAGAAGAAGAAAAUGACUGAACUCGGUGUCAAGUUUUCUAUAAAUGGAUCGUGUUUAGAGAAUAGGAUCUCUAUGUAAAUACAACAUAGAACAUUAUUGGGACAUAUUCUAGCUGAUUACGCAUUUGCUAAUCUGGCUCGGCUCAAUCUUUUCCAUUCUUCUGCAUCGGGGUAAACUAGGACAGUUAAAAUCAGGUUUCGUUUAAGUUCUUGCGAAUUUUCUGCAGCAUACAAAGCAAAGAAAAACUUUGCUUCAAAAACUGUAAUUCUAUCGAUAAUAUAUACAAUAUCUCCUUUUCAUUUCCCAA